GCCCUUUUUUUAUUUACUUUCUUUUCUCACUACCUCGAGACACUGUGGCAACUUUUUAAUGUUCAGUUGUUCUGGGUUUUAGCCUUGACUGGUCGCCAUAGCACCCCACACACACUCUCGAGGGAAGAUGGCAGUUAUUAAGUUUCUGGUUUACAUUACAUGUUCCUGUUUGGCUCAAGAUUUAGUUUUUUGUGAUGACUAUGGCGAAAGUGGAAACGAGAUCACACUUACUCCAAGCAUCCGUGGAAAGCCUGAAGAUAUACUGUGGAUACAUAAUAACAACAAGGUUCUGGAGUAUGACGGGAGUCAGGUGUUGAAAUAUGGAUCAUUUAAAGAUCGUGUAGAUGUUGAUUUUGAAACAGGACAGCUCAAGAUAAGAAAACUAUGCAGCCAAGACAGUGGCCAAUAUCAGUCUGAAAUUUCAAUCAAUGGGAAGGUUCAAACCUCCAGUCAUACUUUGUCAGUUUUGGAUGCUCUGCCAGACCCUCAGGUAACCUGUGAACUGAAUGAGACUUCAAAUUUGAAAAAACUGUCCUGUUCAGUGGAAUCCCAGACUCAGACAAGCUAUGAAUGGAGUGGACCUAAUAAAAAACAGUUGGGACCAACACUUCUUGUUGAUGAACAGGAGGAAAACCGUGACUCAGUCUAUACCUGCACUGUGAAGAAUAAAGCUGGAAGCAGGACCACAGACUUUACUCUGCAAGACUGCCCCACAGGCGGAGUAAGCCCUCCUGUGCUUUUUCCAGUCUUAAUAGUAGCAGUGCUUCUCAUUAUUGUGUUCGCUGUGCUGGCAUUAUUCCUCUACAGACGUAAAAAACAACAGUCAAGGAAGUCUGAACUCAAAAAAAUGGAUCCUGAAAAUGGUGAAUGUGAUAACCUGUUGAGAAAUGUCCCAACGGAGGCUAUGCCAGGUUCAUCUGAUGCCACACUCCCUUGUCGCAUCAGACUUACAGCUCCAAAAGAAUCUAUUGCUGAUAAAAAUUGGGAUCAGGACAGUGGAUUGGAGAAUGUGGGAGAAACUCAUGAAGGACAAAAACUUUUGAAGGAAAGUCCACAGUCUGCUAUAACAGAAAAAAACAACGAGGAGUCAAGAAAUACAAAUGAAGGAGAACUAGACAAAAAUGAGAAAAACAGCGAAAAUGCCGAUGAAGCAGAAGAAAACGGUAACAGCAAACCUGAUGAAACGGACAGAGAGAGACAUAAAUUCUUACAAAUCCAAGAAGAAAUGGAGAAAGAGAAAAGUCAGAUAGAGUCACCUGAGGAGCAGAUUCAGACACAAGAUGCAGAUAAAAAUGAGGAAGACCAGACACCUGGAGAGAAAAAAGAGGAGGAAGAGGAAGAAAAAGUGAUAGACAGACUGAACGCAGAUUCACCAGCUAACCUGGAGAAGGCACCCAUAAACAUCAGUGUCCCAUCUUCAAAUCAGACUGGCCUAAGUAAUUACACAGACCAAGAUAUAAACAUGGAGGAAGAAAGCAAAUUUCCUGGAGUGGAGCAGAAGGAGAAAGAAAAGGUUUUAACAAAUGAGGAACUGAAAGGUGGUCAGGAACAAAUGCCAGAAGAAAACAAACAUGACCCUGAGCUAUCUGAGCCUAAACAGGGCAAACAAACUGAUCCAGACAGUACAAUACAGUACAACAGUGUCUCACAGCAGCAGUGCCACAAUGAUGGGUUGCCUCAAAAGGAAGAUGAUGAUGCUGAACAGACAGACAAGAGCUGUGAGUCAGAACAAGGCAUGAAGCAGAAAAAUGAUGUUCCAGAAACUACAGAGACAAAAAAUAACAAACAUUUAAAAGAUUGUGAUGAAAAGAACAGUGAUCCAGACAACACAAACAAUGACAUGUCGGUGCCAGAGGACAAGAAAGCAGAAACAGAGACCGACAGCUUCUCAAAACAUGCAAUGAAAGACACUCAUAGUUCAGAAAUCAGGGAACAGGAUUUGAACAAACAGUGCAGUACAGAAUGUGAUGAUACUGUUUAUAGUGAGGGAGGCGAAAUGGGCUCAGUUUUAUCAGCUGUGAAAGAGGAACAGAAAAACAUUUGUCAACUAGAGCCACGUGAAGGUAGUAGUGUCAAUUGUGAGACAGAAAACACUCGAGGGUCAUCAAAAAUAACAGAAGAUGGUGAAGGAAAUAAUGACGACACCCCACAGCAGGUUAAAAAGGAUGGUGAGCGUGUGCUUGAAGAAGGUGUGGAGGAGAAGUAAUAGGCAAAUACUAGCAUAAAAACUGGGGUUGUCAAUUUAUUAAUGUAGAACAAUUAAUUUUGUACAGUUUAUUUUAUAUAAUGAAUUGUACCACGUUUUUUUUUUGUUUUGUUUUUUUGCAUGCGUGUAAACAUACAAACACGUAUGUCAAAGACUUUCCAUGAAAUAUCAUUAAAGCUGUCAGUCUGCAUAUGUACACAAAACAGCUAUUAGAAAUAGGGCAGAUGAAAUACAGAAACACCUCCUGUGUGAAUGAAUGGCCACUAAGUCUACUUCAGACAGAUGGACAAACUCAAUUGGACAAUGGAUUGGUGUGGACUGUUGGCCAGUGAAAGAAUUCAGAGGACAUAAUAUAUUGACUUCAACUGUCACUUUUAGUCUGUUCAGCAUAUCAGUCAUCUGCCACAACAGUGUGCCUAUGUAGGCACUAGACAGCUAGGCAGCUCACUAAGACACGAAAACUGGAAGCCCAACAAAAAGAAGAGAAGGAGGGGAUGGUGGAGAAAUGAUGAAGACACCUAGUGUAAAAAUAUUGUGGCAUCCCCUUAACCUGAUGAAAUUGCUCUAAUUCAGAACCAGUGCAUAGGGCAGGUGGGAGGGUAGAGGUAAAGAAUGUGCCAGUAUGUGUCACUUUGCUGCAUAGAAUAUGGAAUAAUAAUGUCUUAGUUCAUUCAAUCCAGAAUCAAUUAUCUUUUUGUAAACUUUUAAAUUUUUUA